AUGGAUAGUGAAGAAUUUGAUACUGAUUUAUUCAUCGACAAAAUUGAAAAAAGACCACCAAUGUGGGAUAUGACAAGUAGUGAAUAUUCAAAUGAAAUCAGCAAAAGAAUGCCUUGGGAAGAAAUUGUUCUCAUUUUUAGUGACCAAAGUGACACCGAAGUAAGAAAAAAAGGGGCAACAUUACAAAAAAAAUGGAAAAAUCUUCGUGAUAACUAUGUAAGGGAAUCAAAGAAAUGUAAAACUGUUAAAUCAGGAUCGGGAGCAUCUAAAAAAUCUACAUAUAUACAUUUUGAGAGAUUAAGAUUUUUGCAAAAGUCGAUUGAAAAAAAUAUUACUGAAAGUAGUUUCUGCGCAAACGACGAAAAUUCAAAAAGAUCUGCCGAUACAAAUGAUGAAAAUGAGGCUUUCAAAUCUCCUAAUAACAUCCAAUAUAGAAGCACAAAAAAAUUAAAACUUAGCCCAGCUGACGAGCAUUUUGCUAAUUUAUUAGAAAGAAGUAUAGCUCAAAAGCAAGUUCCAGAAAAACACGAAGAUGAUGAAGACAAACUAUUUUGUUUGUCCUUAUUGAAAAAUAUCAAAAAAGUACCAGAAACUAAACGUCUGAAACUCAAAAUUGAUAUAUAUAAUUUAAUACUACAAAAUCAAAUAAUAUCACCACCUAGUAGAUAUCACUCUCCAAUGUUUAAUCACCAGUACAUGCUAAGUAACAUUGUAUACCCAAACUAUGAUACUACUACAUCAUAUGACACACCCGCACGCAGACAUCAUCAAGAUUAUACUACUAUCGAGAAAAACAAUUAUCAACAUCAAUUGACUUCAUUAUCUUCACCUUCUCCAACACCAUCAAAUGUCAUUUCAAAGUAUAUUUCAAGUUAA